AUGCAGAGGUACAGCAAAAGCGACCAUAUCCUCGGCUCAUCCGAGUUUAAAACCUUCUACUCCGGUUUUGACCACAAGCAGGGUGUGGCUGUGGCCUGGUCUGUGAUUGAUCUGAAGUCAGGGGAAUGCACUGACCAGCUGGUGCGGACGCUCCAGCUCAUCCAGAGGGUCGAGCACGACCACAUCGUGCGCAUCCACGACUGGUUCUUGGACCCAGACUCGGGAAAGAUGCACGUGGUCACUGACCUCUUUAGGCCUGGGAACCUGCGGGACCUGCUAAAGGCUGCUGGGAGGAUCGAUGAAAUCGUGCUGAGGAGGUGGGGGUGCGACCUGCUGACUGCCAUCUCCUUUGUCCACAGCCUCGACGGCCCUCUCCGGAUCCGGAACCUGCGCAUGGGGAACGUGUUGGUGCAUCAGGACGUUGGGGUCAUCAAGCUGGAUCUGCUGAGCGUCUCGUUCCUGUUCACAUCCCACGGGUAUGCCAGGGAGAGGGUAGAGGCGAUCAGGGUCAUGUCCCCUGAAUGUUUGCUCGGCCCAACCGAUGAGAAGGUGGAUAUCUACGGAUUUGGUAUGGUCAUGCUAGAGGCAGCCACCAGGCUCCAACCGUACAAGGAGUGCAGCACGGUUGCGAGCCUCUAUGACAAAGUGACCCACUUCCAGCCCCCGAAAGCUCUCGGUCAGGUACAGGACAAAGGCCUGCAGGACAUCAUAAAGAGGACGCUGCUGAGGGCGUCCGAGCGGCCCUCUGCGCACGACUUGCUCAACCUCCCCUACUUUCGUUUCGAGCCUAGCCUCUGGGGUAUGCAUGUGGUGGUGAUUGAUGACGACCCAGUGAACCUCAGGAUGUGCACCAGGCUUUUGGAAAAGGAGGGCGUCACCGUUGUCCCCUGUAACACCUUCAACGAAGUGAUCACCCUGCUGUCCACCCGGGCUUUUGCAGCUCUCAUUACUGACAUCGUCAUGCCUAACAUGGGCGGUUUCGAGAUGAGCGCAAGUUUGCGGCAACUGAGGUACAACUCGCUGAUGAUUAUUGGGAUCAGUGCGCACAAGAGAGAAGACCUUGACGAGCGCAUGGCAGAGAGUGGGAUGGAUGCCUUUCUCCUGUUGAGGCGCCAACAACGCUCGAAAGGGCAGGCGAUUGGAGCGUCCGGAAUGGUUGUCUUCGGCGCGUUCUGGAGAGCGACAGGGUGUGGCGCCAGCGCUGCGUUCCACGAGUUUUCCAACUUUUACACUUCGAACCUGCAGUACCACCAUGUUGAGGGCUUUUUCCAGGCAGCCAAGUUCCAGGGCACCGACCCAGAGUACUUUGAGCGAGUGCGUCUCACCAGCUGGCCGCGAUCCGCGAAAGCGCUCGGGCGGCGCCGUCGCAUGACGGCAGAACAGCUCAAGGCCUGGGAAGCACGCAAGGACGGCGUGAUGGCAACAGUGCUGCGCGCCAAGUUUGAGCAACACCCGCAGCUGCGGGAGCUGCUCUUAUCCGACCGGCGGCAGUCCACUGGUAGAGAAGCCGGCACGCGGCGAUAG